GUCCCUUCCUGAGGGGGAGGGGGAGGGGGAGUUGCUGUCUUUCUGCUUUGCACCUCCUGCAACCUGGUGAGUCUCCCUUGUCUUCCGCCAUGGGGUGCAUUGGGGAGAAGCGGGGGGGGGGGGAUGCAUCAGGGGGUCCUGUUCAGCUCAUGCAGGCGGGGAGCCCCCAACCAGCCCCUUCCUCACCCCAAGACACAACCACCCAACUGGCCCUGCAAAGGAACUGACAAGCAAUGCAGCUGCUUUAAAACAGGAAUUGAUGGUGUUCUCCAGGGCUGCUGUGGGGAUUAAAGGACAACAGGGAGACCCCUGGAUGCCCCCUUGAGCCCCUGGGAGAGAAGGGUGGGUGGAAAUGCAAUGAAUGAAGAGAGGGAGCCCAGCCCAUCAUCUGGCUGUGGGAUUUUGGAGCUGAUUCUGAUUCAUCGUCAAGGUCAGCUCCACAUACGUAGCGGGCAUUGCAAUAAUCCUGGAGCAAGGAGUGCCCUGUCCACGUCCUCUCUGUCCCAAAGGGACUGGGGCUAGCAGCCUAGCCCAGCUGGAAAUGGGGCGGUAGAGAAGGGGCAGCAUCUGCGGUGGGGAAAUGACGGGCUCCAUCUGGCUAGUUCCUCCACCUUUGUUCUCACAUGUGGUUCCUAAAAGUUGGAGUAUGGGACCGUUGCUGCAUCCUGGCAGCAGAUUUGAAUGGCUGGCUAAACCAGAUGAAGGUGGCCAAUGGGUCUCAAACCCUCAGUGGGUUAGGGACUCCCUCUGCAUGCAAAGACAGGCUCUGGUGGAUUGAGCGGACGAGACCCACAGUGGGUUCAACAGUUAAGAAGGGAAUUUCUGCAGGUCUUGUCAUCUGGUCAGUCCAGGACUUCCAGGCACACUGCCCAGGCUUGCACCCCACAGCAGUCACUUUGGGGCUGCAAAUGCAGAAAAACUAUGCGAGAGGCAGCAGUUAUGAGUCGUUGGCACCAUCUGAGCCUUCAGUGACCAUGUUGGAUCCAGGAGUAUUCCCAACAUUUUUGAUCCGUGUGGGAGUUGUUGCUGUUGCUGCUCCUGCUGUUAAUUACCUGCCCUUUUCCCUAAGUUCCCACAGUAGAUGGCAGCAGUAAAGUACAAUAUUAAAGAUGUUUAAAACCAGUACAAGCAUAGAAAGAUUUACAGUACUUGCUUUUAGCACUGUCCUUUGAACCUACCCAAAUGAACUUUGAUUUUGCCCAUUUGACCCUCGGGGGUUGGCCAAAUAAUGAUUUGGACCCUGAGAAAAAAGAAAAGGUACCCUACCCCAGUACUGUAUUUUUUGCUCUAUAAGACUCACUUUUUCCCUCCUAAAAAGUAAAGGGAAAUGUGUGUUCGUCUUAUGGAGUGAAUGCAGGCUGCGCAGCUAUCCCAGAAGCCAGAACAGCAAGAGGGAUUGCUGCUUUCACUGCGCAGCGAUCCCUCUUGCUGUUCUGGCUUCUGAGAUUCAGAAUAUUUGUUUUCUUGUUUUCCUCCUCCAAAAACUAGGUGCAUCUUGUGGUCUGGUGCGUCUUAUAGAGAAAAAUACGGUAAUUUGCCUUGAGAAGCUUGGAGCUUCCAAGUUCUAGAAAAUAAGACAGAAGCAGGGAAGAAAUGUGUCCUGAAGUGGGGGUGGGAGAGAGCAACUCUUGAGAACCCUGGAAUUAGGACCCCACUGUUAGCCUAGUGUGUACAUUACAUUUGGUAUAACUGACACACUUGUCAGUCACAGGUCUGGUUUUAUUCCUCGUCUGCAAACACUGAAAGACAGGCUCAACCAGGCUGAUUCAUCUCACAGUCUGGUACGGUCACUUCUAGGAGGGCUGGAGGCUUACCUUUUCUUUAAAAAAGCUGAAAAUCUGGCCUGUGGUAGAGUCCAAUCCUGCUUCCUAGCAGGACUCAUCCAACAAAUUGACUAUGUCGGUUUAAUAACGGAACAAUGCAUUUGCUUUGUAGAUUUUGCUAGCACCUCUUUUCGGACACACAGAACUGGGCAAGAGGGGGGAAAAGGAUUCCUUCCUAUCUCUUAGAGGCUUCCUGAGAGCACAGAUGGAUGAACAAGACUCAGCUGACCCUGAAGCAGGAGGAGGCCAUGGCAUUGAGUCUGGGAGCAGUGGGGGAUUCUGGGAAAACUCCAUACAGAAGAUCCUGGGAGAGGAGGACACCCUCCGCUCAAAUGUGCAGAGCCAGCAGUUGAGGCAGUUCUGUUCCCAGGAGGCCAAAGGACCUCGAGAAGUUUGCAGCCAACUCUACCGCUUUGACCGUCAAUGGCUGAAGCCAGAAAGGCACACGAAAGCUGAGAUGCUGGACCUGGUGAUCUUGGAGCAGUUCCUGGCUCUCCUUCCCCCAGAGAUGGAGAGCUGGGUGAGGGAAUGCGGAGCAGAGACCAGUUCCCAGGCAGUGGCCCUGGCCGAAGGUUUCCUCCUGAGUCGGGCAGAGGAGAGGAAGCAGGAGGAGAAGAAGCAGGUGAGAGAGACUUUCCUCUGGAUGCUCCCAAGGGGCUCCAAACAGGAGGGAGAACAAACCCAAAUGCUCUACUAAUGGCCUAUUAGUGGAGCAUUUUCGGAUAUUAUAAAAUUGUUGCCUCUCAUUCCUUUUUCUAUAAUUCUAUGAAUUCUUUUUGUUCUUUCAGGGAAAGGAUCUGUUCGCAGCAAUGGGCCCAGAUUACUCUGAGGAAGAGAGGACUCCGCUGGACACAAAAGAGAGGUCCCUGGGUCAGGAGGAAGGAGUCUUUUGUCCCUUUGAUCCCAUUCUGUUGGUUUUGAAACUAAUCUUUUCAUCUUUUUGUGGAAGAUAUUUGAGACCAAGAGCCCCAAGGAGGGAGAUGCAUUUUUGCACUGCUGAAAUAGGCAAUGGGUACAAAUGCUAAAAUGCACUCAGCAUGUGAGGCUUGUUAUAAGUAGAUUCAUUUCAACCGGGGUUUAGGCCCGCUUUUGGCUCAGAAACUGAUUUGAUCACCCUGUGUAAUGACCUUUGCCGAGAGAGAGAUGGGGAAAGAUGCCCCUGUUGAUUCUGCUGGACCUCUCAGUGGCUUUUGGUACCAUCCAUCACGCUCUCCUUCUGGAGCAGCUGGCUGAGUUGGGAGUAGGUGGCACAGCUUUGCAGUGGUUCUGGUCCUCCUUGGGUGGUGGUUCCCAGAGGGUGAUGCUUGGGGGGUGCUUUUUAGCCCCGUGGAGCCUUAAGCGAGGAAUUCCUCAGGGCUCUGUUUUAUCCCAUAUGCUACUUAACAUCUACAGGAAACCGCUGAGUAGGAACAUCCAGAGUUUGGGAGGACAUUGCCAGCAAUAUACUGAUGACGCGCAAUUCUACUUCUCUGUUACAUCCGCAGGUGAAGCAGUGGAUGUGGAGGGACUGCUUCACCUCUGAGAGAGGCAGGCACUCCUGUCUCCCCACUUACCUUUGUCUCUUGCAGGUGACAGAAUGAUGCCGGCAAAACUUCCCAAUCCAUCUUUUCUUGGUGGUGGAGGGGAAACAGUGGCUGUGGAGCCAGAUCAGGUAGGGGGAAGGAGCCUUGGGGGGAAAGAGGCUGGGGGGUGGGGCAGCCAGGGCAUCUCUGGGCGCAAAUGAAUCUCUUCCUCUUUGCUUCCGUCAAAUCUGCCCUUAAGGAAGGCUGAAAAUGCCAUCCCAUCAUGUUUAUCUGCUGAGAGUAAUGAACAGCCACCUCACCUUAACUCUCCUCCUAAAUGUUGCUAAGCAUUAUUUAUCAGUUGUUGCAGUUUGUUUCUACACUAUGUUUAUUGGUCAAUGCUAAAAUAUAAGGAACUUUUAAAAAACCAGUGGUGAGAAUUUGCCUCCAGUUGAGGGCUCCCCCCCCUUCGCCACCUCCCCAAGCCCCCAUGCAGCCCUUGGAGUUGGCUUUAGGAAAUGAGGAGAGUUGUCUCUCUGCACCCUCCCAAAAUACCACAUAGGGAGAGGAGAGAGGGGAGCCUUCCAUCUCACAAGCUAAAAUGCUUGUGCAGACAUACAGAUUUGAAGAGCACCAUGUGGAGUUUCACCCCUUUGUACAAAGAUUAGUACCCAGUUUUAAAAAUACAGAAUAAAAUAAUUCCAUUAAGAUGCUUAGAUAUGCAUCCAUCAUUAAAAUGUACAGUGAAACAUUCCCCUGAAAACCACUCAGCAACUAACAGACAGGAAACAACAGAACAAUGUGUGCUAGGUAAUCUUUAUGCUUUCUGAAAGGGAGACCUUUUCUUUCAGAGUCUAGUGUGCUUUGAGGAUAUAGCUGUGUAUUUCACGGAGGAGGAGUGGGCGUUGCUGGAUCCUGACCAGAGAGCUCUGCAUCAGGAAGUCAUGGAGGAGAAUCGUGCGAUCAUGGCCUCUCUCGGUAAGGCUCCCUGUUGGAUCAUAUCUGUCCUGAAAUUCUUCACAUUAAUCUAUGUGACGAACCUCUCAGAUUUUGAUGGAGCUCAACAGCGCCACCUACAGCAUCUGGAAUUCUAACACACACACCCUCAGCUCACCUUGAAUAGAGGGCUAUCAACUGUUUUGUUUGUGUGAACAUUUCUUUCUCUGGUUAUGCCUUUUGAUUAGGCUGUCAGUUUUUUGUUCUUGAUUCUGUCAGAUUCUGGUUGACCAAAAAGAUGGCUGACAUUAGAGAUGGAGCGGAUUCUGUGAUUGGGCCAAACAAAACCACAGAAAGGGCUGAAACACAGCAGGAGGGGCCCCUUCUCAGGAGGAGAGUCCUUUUUCUGGGAAAUAGAUCUCUUGGCUGACUCCUCAGAGGAAUAUGUGGGAACCCAAGCCGCCUGGGCAAGGGGCCUUCUUGAAUUUAGCAGCAGCCCAGGCCAAGAAGGUUUUGGUUGACUUGCAAAGGCCUGAUCCAGCAGCUCCAACACGUCCAGAAGGUCUGGAAAGACAGGAAAGGGGGGUAGGAGGACCACCCUUGCUUCCCCCACCCUCUGAGAGGCCUCCAUUUGCCCUUGAGUGGGUCACCUGGCUAGGACAGGCUCUGGGCCUUUCCGCAGCCCCACAGCCCUGUUCAGCCAGGGGCAGCAGCGGGGAGGGGGCCUUAGGAAAGCACCUAUGGUUCUGGUUCAAGCAGGGCUAGGAACCAGCACGAUGGCCAGGGUGCCAGGGAGGAUGAGAAGGAGAGCUGAUCCCUUCCCUUCCCCCUCAGAGCAUUCCUCAUCUUGGAGCAGCCUCUUGUCCCCUCACAGGGGAAGGGCUCAGAGGCAGGGGACCCAGCACAGGAGGUACCUGGUGCUGCUGAGCAGGGGAGGAAGGGGCUCUGGCAGAAGCGCUUCCAGAAGAGCUGAGCCUUCCCUUUCCCCAUGGGUAGCCAGCUCAGAGGAUGCCUCAGGCUCUCACACCCCCUUCCUCAACAUCCAGGCCUGCCCCACCUCCUCAGACUGGGAGGACGGUGAGCUUUUUCCAGGUGAGGAGGAACGGCAGGAGGACAAGGGGGAGCAUUCCCCAGACUCUUUAUGAGCCUAGACAUCGAGCAGCUCCUGGGAAAGGCUGUGAGGACAGCCCAUGUCCCUGAGCAGGCCCAGGCAGCAGGCAAUGCCUCCAUGGCCUUUCCCAAGAGCAAGGCCUGCAAGAGGGUUUCCCCUUAUCCAGAAGAGUUUAAGGAGACCACCUUGCAGAAAUGGUGGAUUCCUGGGGCUGCUAAGGCAGCAAUUUUCCCCAUAAGGCAGCUAAAUCCAUUUGAUAAGCCUGCAAUGGGAUUUCUUAGUGUUCCUCCCGUAGAUGCCCCCAUAUGUUCCCUCACUCAUGGAUCCAUGGUUUCCAGAGAUGGGCAGGAUCACCCCAGGAACCGUGAAGACAAAAGGGCUGAGGUUUUGUUGCUCAGAUCACAUGAAGCUUGUGCAGAAGCCAUUGAGGUCUCGGCUGCAGCUUCUUUCAUGGUCAGAGCAACCUACAUCUGAGCCCAGGCCCUUCUGGCAGAGGUUGGACCAGGGUUCGUCCAUAUCCAGCAGGGAAUAGCAAAGCAAGCUAGGCCUCUGCCCAUGUGGCUGAUGCCUCGUCGGAUGCUUGUUCAAUUCGCAGCUGGAGCCAGGGCAGCAGAUGUGGCAGUGCGCAGGUAGCUCUGGCUUAAACAGUGGCAGGUGGACACCAAAGCCAAGACCAGCCUGGCCAGCGACCCCUUCAAGGGGGGCCAGCUAUUUGCAGAGGGGCCGGAAGAUGCCCUGGUAGAGACCAGAGACAAGAAGACGGCUCUGCCUCAUAAGAAGACAGAGAGAAAGAGUCAGAAAGGAAAUGAUUCUUCCUUUCAUCUCCACAGGGGCUCAUUCAUAGAGACCUUAAGGCAACAAACCCUCCGGGGGAGGGGGGCAGAAGGAAUGGAUGUGCGCAGGGCCAUCAGGGUUUACCUCAGGAACACAGAGGAGUUCCGCAUUACAGGGGCUCUGUUUGCUUCUUUCCAGUCUAGAAACAAAGGGCACAAGGUUUCUCCAGCAUCAUUGGCAGGCUGGAUCCGGGGGUGGGGUGGGGUGCCCUUGGGAAUCACUGCCCAUUCCACCAGGACCACAGUCACCUCGGCAUCCUUUGGGACGUGAGCUCCCCUGGGUGAUAUACACUUGGUCCUCUCCCUCCACCUUCAUGAAACACUAUAAGUUAGACACCUUCGUCUCAGCAGAGGCCUCCUUUGAGAGAAGAGUGCUUCAACAGGUGGUUAGCAAUGAGGAGGUAGGGCCUACAACGGCUGCCACCCGAUCUGGACACUGCUGAGAUACUUCCCACAUCAUGGAUCCCAGUUUUCCCCUACAGGUGAAGUGAACAUUGAUUCUUACCGUGAUAGGUUCCUUCUCUGUACAAAGAAUUGGGAUCCAGCCCUCUCAGGUACCUCUGUGUGCAUGGGAGAGGCUAUCAAACAAUGGAUUUCGGAGGGUGGCCUAGAAGGACAUGGGACACCUUCCCCCAAGGUCCAGGGGCCUCUUCUGUCUUUCCAUCCCAGCCUUCUUGCUCUUCACCACAUAUCAGAGUUCCCCCUCCUUCACCUGUGCUAGUUACUGGGGCCAGUAGGAAUUGUCAUUCAGUGAAGAGAGCAGCAUGCCCCACUGAAAUCACUGUUCUGUUCCUAUUCUUUAGUUGUUAUGUUGUGACUAUACAGUUACUUGCUUAAGCAUGAGUUAAACUGGAGAUAGGGGGUUGUCCUGUCCCUGAUGUAUUCCUCAAAACUUUAACUUCUUUUCAAUGGUGAGAUGGGCAGAGACCAAUUUUCCCUACAGAGAAGGAACUUAUCUCAUUAAGUACCAACGUUUGCUUCUCUCUUCAUUGCAGGUGAUGAAUUGGAAAUGAAGAAAAUGGGAGACCACGACAAAGUCAAAACAGAGGAGAAGCCAUAUCAAUAUUCGGAAUGCAGAGAGAGCUUGAGCCAGAGCUCCAGUUCCACUUCCUAUCAAAGAAAUUCCACUGGAAAGAAACGCUAUCAGUGCUUUGAAUGCGGAAAGAGUUUCGCUUGGCACGACUCUCUCAAUUUCCAUCAAAGAAUUCAUACAGGCAAGAAACCAUAUCAGUGCUUGGAAUGUGGAAAGAUCUUCAGUUACAAGAACAAUCUCGUUUCCCAUCAAAGAAUUCAUACAGGGGAGAAGCCAUAUCACUGCUUGGAAUGUGGGAAGAGUUUCAGUUACAGAGCCAGUCUCACUUCCCAUCAAAGAAUUCAUACAGGGGAGAAACCAUACAAUUGCUUGGCAUGUGGGAAGACCUUCCGUCAUAGCUGUCAUCUCAAGUCCCAUCUCAGAAUUCAUACAGGGGAGAAACCCUAUCAGUGCAUGGAAUGUGGAAAAAGCUUCAGUAAGAGUUCUGUUCUCACUUCCCAUCAAAGAAUACAUACAGGGGAGAAACCAUAUCAGUGCUUGGAAUGUGGAAAGAUCUUCAGUUAUAAGAACAAUCUUACUUCCCAUCAACGAAUUCAUACAGGGGAGAAGCCAUAUCAGUGUUUGGAAUGUGGAGAGAAUUUCAGUUACAGAGCCAGUCUCACUUUCCAUCAAAGAAUUCAUACAGGGAGAAACCAUACAAUUGCUUGGCAUGUGGGAAGAGCUUCCGUCACAGUUGCCAUCUCAAGUCCCAUCUUAGAAUUCAUACAGGGAGAAACCAUAUGAGUGCAUGGAAUGUGGAAAGAGCUUCAGUCAGAGGUCCAAUCUCACUUCCCAUCAAAGAAUUCAUACAGGGAGAAACCAUUUCAGUGUCUGGAAUGUGGAAAGAGCUUCAGUCAGAGUUCUGCUCUCACUUCCCAUCAACGAAUUCAUACAGGGGAGAAGCCAUAUGAAUGCUUGGAAUGUGGGAAGAGCUUCAGUCAGAAGGGCAAUCUCACUUUCCAUCAAAAAAUCCACAGUGAGGAGAAUGGGAGAAUCUAGUCCAACCCACUGCAGUGCAGAAAUCUCAACUGAAACAUGCAUGACAGAUGGCCACCAAGCCCAUGCUUGAGAUCUUCCAAGAAAGGACAGUCCACCACCUUCCAAGGGACUUGAUUCCACUGUUGUACAGAUAUGAACAUUAGAAAGGUCUUCCUGAUGUUUAAUUGGAAUCAACUUUCUUGUAACUUGAAGCCAUUGGUUCAGGUCCUCCUCUACAGACCAGGAAGAAACCAGCUUGCUCCAUCCCCCAUGGGACAGCCGUUAGAGGUCACUAUCCUAUCUCCUCUAAGUCUACAAACACCCCCCGUUUCCUCAGCUGUUCCUCCUAAGUCUUGAUUUCCAGAGCCUUGAUCAUUUCGGUCACCCGCCUCUGCACACGUUCCAACUUGUCAAUAUCCUUCUUGAAUUGUGGUGCCAAGAACUGGACACAAGACUCCAGGUGUGCUCUGACCAAGGAAGACUAGAGCAGUGGUAUGACUUCCCUUGAUCUGGACUGUGUGGAGAUUCAUUUGCCCCUUUUGAGAUUACUUUGCAGCCUUGAGAUUCCUUUUGCCCUACCCACAGCCACAGUUUGCUUGGCCCCUCACCCAGCUCACACUUGUGCCAGAGAGGAAACUGAGGCACAUUUUGCCAAUUCCUGUUAAUUAUUCCACCUUGCCCCCUCUCUCCUGUGCUCCCACCUCCCGUCACUUGCACCGCCGCCACUGCCUGGAUCUGCCUCUUCUCCUUGCACCAGCUCCAGACUGCCUCCAGGGGGUCAGCGUUCCUAGUGAGGGGCAGGGGCUACGGCGGAGGGGAGGGGUCUGCUGGUGGUUUCUGGCCAGGGACGCUUUGUAGAUGGGGUGGAAGAUGAAGGCGUUGGGAGCUCCAGAUGGGGAGAGGGGGGCAGAUGGGUCAGUGGGAGAACUCCUAACAUUCCUCCUCCCCCUAAAAUCUGUGUGUCUUGACCCAGCAUGAUUACUUGUUAAUACUGUGGUACCUUGGUUCUCAAGCGCCUUGGUACUCAAACAGCUUGGAACCCAAACACUGCAAACCCAGAAGUAAGUGUUCUGGUUUGCGAACUUUUUUCAUAAGCUGAAUGUGCUCCGUUUUGAGUGCCGCACUCCCUUUUUGAGUGUUACGCUGAGGUCUGUCUGUUUUUGCUAUUUAUUUUGCGUUUUUGUUUCUGCAGCUUUUUUGUUUUGUUUCUGUAACUGUGUGGAACCCGGUUCAGCUACUGAUUGACUGAUUGCGUGACUGCAGUACAUUGUUUAUUGCUUUCAUUUUAUGGAUCAAUGUGUUGGGAUACUGCCAGGGAGAUAAAGUCCAUCAAGGCCCCCAAGCCGUCUGCCGGACGAUCCAUCUCAGUCUCCCGUAGGCACGCAGCGACAUGAGUUUCUAGAAAAUAUCUGGCCACAUUCCAGAGCUCAUGCACGCUCUAUCAGCAAUUAGCACAGCCAAAAGUUGCACUCAGGAGAGCAUUAUUUACAAGUUUAUUCAGCGUUGAUCAGAACACAGAAAACAUGACUGCCUGCUGAUUUAGUGUCUGCGACACCAGAGAAAAUGAAAGCAACAGAAAACAUAAACAUCCUGUGAACAGGAAAUACGCAGACUCUGACUCACAAAGCCUGCUCCCUUUUAAGGUGGAACGGAAAUAUCCUAACACAAUGGUCUCGUUAGAUAGCAAAAUUCAUGUUAAAUUGCUGUUUUAGGGGUUGUUUUUAAAUGUCUAGAACGGAGUAAUCCAUUUUGCAUUACUUUCUAUGGGAAAGCGCGCCUUGGUUUUGGAAUGCUUUGGUUUUGGAACGGACUUCCAGAAUGGAUUAAGUCUGAGAACCAAGGUAAAAGGUAAAGGUACCCCUGCCCGUACGGGCCAGUCUUGACAGACUCUAGGGUUGUGCGCUCAUCUCACUCUAGAGGCCGGGAGCCAGCGCUGUCCGCAGACACUUCCGGGUCACGUGGCCAGCGUGACAAGCUGCAUCUGCCGAGCCAGCGCAGCAGAUGGAACGCCGUUUACCUUCCCGCUAGUAAGUGGUCCCUAUUUAUCUACUUGCACCCGGAGGUGCUUUCGAACUGCUAGGUUGGCAGGCACUGGGACCGAGCAACGGGAGCGCACCCCGCCACGGGGAUUUGAACCGCCGACCAUGCGAUCGGCAAGUCCUAGGCGCUGAGGUUUAACCCCCAGCGCCACCCGCAUUAGCACUAAGAAUAAAAAGCUUCAAAGGCUUCCAAUCAACACGCUAUGCUGAUUGUAAAUAAUGUGCUAACAGAAAAAUGUAAUAUAACAAAGGGGACAAGACAGGGUUGCCCCUUGUCACAAUUAUUGUUUAUACUAGUAUUAGAGGUUUUGGCUAGCAGAAUCAGAUUGGAUGUCAAGAUUGAAGGGAUAACAGUGGGACACAGGACAUAUAAACUUAAGGCAUUUGCUGAUGAUGUGGUGAUAUUGGUAGAGGAGCCUCUGAUCAGGGUUCCAAAGGCUCUGGAACAGAUUCAUAAAUUUGGAGAGGUAGCAGGCUUCAAACUUAAUUGGCGGGGGGAAAAAUAUGAGAAACCAAGAACUAUUAAAAGAGGUAGAUCAAGACUUAAAAUUAAGGAGUUAUGAAGAAGUAAGAGGACUAAUAACCAAUUGGUUGCAAUAUCACCAGCUUAAUGAAGUUGGAUAAAAAGAAAGGUUUUUCUCAUAAAACCUCCCAAUUUGAAAGAGUUGCUGGAAAAUAAAAACUAAAUGCAUCAACUUUUAUCGGAUUGGUAAACAAAAGAUGGACCAGUUCAAAGCAGUGGUGAUACACUGAGCAAGGGAUUUUGGUUAUAAUAUUGAGUUAGCAGCGUGGGAGAAAUUAUUGAUUACCGAUCUGAAAUUUACAGCAUGUUAUACUUUGAAAGAAAACUAUAUGAAAAUGAUGUCCCAUUGGUACUUAAUUAGCUAAAAUGUAUCAGUCAAAUUCUAACGUGCUAGAAAUGUAAAGAGAAAGAGUGCAUCUUUUAUCAUAUGUAGCAGUUAUGUAAAAAAAGCUUUAUGGGAAAUGAUAUAUAAUGAGUUUUUUUAAAUGGUGAAAAUAAUGUUUACUAAGCAACCAGAAGCUUUUCUUAUAGGAAUUUUAGGUGCAGAGAUCCUGAAGGACCAGAAGAAAUUGUUCAUGUAUGCAACCACAGUUGCCCGUACGUUGCUGGCCCAGGGAUGGAAAGAAAAUACAGUUCCGACCAAGGAAGAGCGGCUGUUAAAAUUAAUGAACUGUGCUGGAUUGGCAAAACUUACAGAAGAAUCAGGAGGCAGAAAGAAUCCAAUUUUAAUAAAGAAUGGGGGAAGUAUAUAAUGUAUUUGAAAAAUUACUGUAAACAAUUACAUUCAUUAGUAGGUUUGACAGAAAACUUGUAAAAAUCAGAACCAUGGCUUGAUUAAGGAUUUACAAUAAUUGGAGUUGGUGAUGAGAUGCAGAAUGAAAAUGAAAAUAUAAGGAUCCACAAAGGGGGGGGGGAGUUAAAUGGGAUAUGAUGUCUGAAUUUUGUUUCUUUUUUGUUGUUAUGGUUUGUAAAAUGGAAAAUGCAAAAAUAAAAUUGAAAAGCUUCAAAGGCUUCCUAUCUGGACCUGCCUGUCUUUCUUGGGCUACAGCUCAGUCGGAGAGCACACAACUCUCAAUCUCGGGGUCAUGGGUUUGAGCCCCACGCUGGGGAGAAGAUUCCUGCAUUGCAGGGGGCUGGACUAGAUGACCCUCGUGGUCCCUCCCAACUCUACAAUUCCAUGAUCUUUUGAGUCUAGGAAUCAGUGCUAGGCUGCUAUGAUUGCUGCCUAUUGAGAAGAGGGUCCAUGGAGCUUUUGAUGAACAGAUGCCCGGGGGGAAAGGCGGUGGAUUUGGGGGGUGCAGAAACAGGGGGUGCACUCUUUGGAAAGGAGGAGGAACCAUAGUCAGAAGGUACCCCAAGGGUCCUCUAGCCCAAUGUCUGGCAAUGCAGGAAGGGUGUGUGUGCCAUAAAGAUGGAGGCAGAAAGACAAAGGUGGUUGGGAAACCUUUCCCAUGAUGGAGAAAAACUGACCAGGCUGGGGAUCAGCUGGACACUGGUCAGAAGUCAACAGGUCAUCCCCUCAGGGAUGUCAUAAGACAGUGAUGGCCAAACUUGGCCCUCCAGCUGUUUGGGGAAUACAACUCCC